AUGCUGCCUCCAGGACACGAACCGCGCUUGACCCCCCGGUCUACCACCUUAGGGCUCGGGCUAGCUGGCUAUCCAGCCACCUUCGACCAUGAUUUUCUUCGCAGGCACUACCUAGGAUCCUUGGCUGAGCCGCCCCUUGCCCAAAGCGCUACCUCGUCUUCGACAACCCAGCAGCCGUCUACACUGGGCGCGACCACAGAAGCUCCUGGCAUCCAUCGCCAGGAUUUUUGUAGGGCUCAGCCUGCAGCGAAUUCGGAUUUGGGCCUAGACCAGACCGACUCUAAGGCGGGACCGAGGUUGGCACAACCAGCCGAGCAAAGCAGCUCACGACUUUCGAGGGCAGACUAUUUAGAAAGGGCGCUCCAGCUCAGGACUGAGGUGCUUGAAGCAUACACUCAGCAGAUUGUCGAUGGUAAAGCGUCGGCCCAAGUUGAGAACGCGCGAUGGAGCCUCAGCAUCUGCCAUAUGCGCCGCGGCGAGUUUGCUGCGGCACGAGCCUUGAUGGCUCUUGUAGCCCGGGCCCGCGCUGAUAGGCUAGGUAAAGACGCCAGAAAGACGAUAGAUGCUGAAACGCAGUUGGAAUAUCUGGAUAUGUUAUUGACCGGCUCGGGGGUGAGAGAUUCACGGUCGCCCGCGGGCUAA